AUGCCCGCUGCCUCCUCGACGCUGCCCACCCCCGCCGCCGCCCGCGCUGCCUCCCCGCCCCCGCCACCGGAGCCCGGCAGCGGCGUCCCCGGGGCCCGUGGAGCCCGCACCCACGGCCGACCCCGACCCCGCCUCCCCACCCGCGGUGUCGCCCGCGCCGCAUCCCCACCCGCGCCACCGGAGCCCGGCAGCGGCGUCCCCGGGGCGGCUAACGGCGGCCGUGCCCGCCCCCGGAGGCCGCGCCCGCCCCCGAUGCCGCCUCCCCGCCCUCGCCCCGAAGCCUGCGCCUGCGUGAGCCGCACCUGCCACCGGAGCUCGGCAGUGUCGUCCCCGGGAAGCUCACGGCGGCCGCGUCCUCCCCCGGAGCUCGCUCCCGUGCCCGUGUCCGAGCCCGGCGCCGCCAGUGCCCCCGACCCUGCCUGCGAUGCCCGCCCCUGCCCCGGAGCCUACGCCCGCGGCCCUGCUCUUGGCUCCCGGCGCCCGACCCCGAAGCCCCGGCCCCGACCCCCGGCGCGGCUCCCGGAGUGCGUCCCGGCCGGCGGCGGACAGCCAUGCCUCGGUGCUCGGCUGCUGUUGACGGCCGCCGCGGCUGUCCCCGCCCCAAUGCGCCCGUGCCGGCCCUUGGCGUCCGCCUGCGACGUGCUCGGCGAAAAGCUUGAACCGCGAGUCCACGCCAAGCCGGCCACGCCUACACCGCCGACCCUCUGUAAGCACCACCACCAUCCUCAUGCAUGUUAA